GUUCUCUUCGGCGCAGCAGCAGCUGCCGUCAUCCGAGCAGCAGCAGCAGGUGUUGGAGACGCGCUCGCUAACUCGCGGAUUGUUCCACACGCACGCGCACGGAGAGCGCGCCCGGCCUCCUGCCGUUUCCUUCUCGUUUGUUCGACUCCCUCCCUCUUCGGGCGGUGCAGCUACGGGCCAGGGCUUGCCUGCCGGCGACGGACACGAGAGUCAAGUGCGAGCGGCUGUUCCAGAGCCACGGCGGAGAGCCGUUUGUGAGCAGCGUCGUUGUGCGUCUGCUGCCUUUUCUACGCGAUAGUUGGCGCGAGCGUGUGCUGCAACUAGACGUCACUCGUCUCGUCUCGAGAAACAGAACAAGAUCGGCCGCCCACGACGACACGUCUGAAUGCCCGAGGCCUCCCGUGUUCUCGCGCUCGCACCGACGAGUCUCGAGUGCGCACGGUCGCGACGCUGCUGUCUUAACGCGCGCAGAAGCGUACAGUAGCAGCACCAGCCGCCGCCGAUAUGCGCGCUGUCGUGACUCCGCUGGUCGGCGACGGCGUGCCAACGCGUCCGCCGUUCGGCGCCGCCGACUAAUGGGGACGGCAAUCUGGACGACGACUCAGCGAACGUGUGCUGCAUCCCGGUCUGCGAAUGGAUCGCGACAGGACGAGACCGCACGUCCUCUGGACCAAGAUGGCGGUGGCGUCCGGUGGUGGUGGAGGAGGGGGCGCUUCCGACUCGAGCGACUCGGCCGGUGGUGGCGGCGGCGGUGCGAACAACAACAAGGAGACGACAUGGGAGUACGUCGAGGCCAAGACGCAGACGCACACCGUGACCAGCGUGGACUGCUGCACCUCCUGCUACUACUUCUGCUGGUACCAGCACGUGCACCGCAACGACAUCGACUCGCUCUACCAGCGGUACUUCCUGCACCUGAACCGGCGCAGCCUCACCGCGCUUCUAGGCGUCAUGGCGGCGCUCUGCGCCCUCGGGGCGCUCCUGGACCUGGCGCUGUCCCAGCGGCCCUCCCAGCCCCCACCGGCGGCUCGCGCCGCAGCUUUCGGUGCGCUGCUCGUCUUCUACCUGGCGCUGGUGUACGCCACGCUGCAGACCUCGUUCCGCCAGGUGCACCUGCUCGUGUGCAGCUAUCUGGUGCUCGGCUCGUUCGUAGUGCUCGUGGCGCUCGUGGCGCUCCUUGACCCCAGUGCUACCGAGCGCGCCGUCGUGUCCGACCUGUGGUGCGCGCUCUUCCUCGUGUACGUGUCGUACGCCCUGGUGCCGGUGCGCAUGCGUGACAGCGCCGUCGCCGGAGUCCUGCUGGCCGGAACCUACCUGGCCUGCAAUCUCGCACUGCACGCUGACACCCUGCACUGGAAGCGGGUGGCGUGCAACGUGAUACUGCUGGUGGCGGUGAACACCAUCGGCAUGUUCUCGCACUACCCGAGCAAGGCGGCCCAAAGGCAAGCCUUCCUCGAGACGAGACAGUGCAUCGAGUCAAGGCUAAGCAUACAGCGCGAAAAUCAAAAGCAGGAGCAACUCUUGCUCUCCGUUCUUCCACGCCACGUUGCGAUGGAGAUGAAAGCGGACAUCGCGAAAAAGCCGCAGGACUCCAUGUUUCACAAAAUCUACAUCCACCGGCACGAGAACGUCAGCAUCCUGUUCGCGGACAUAUGCGGCUUCACGAGCCUCGCGUCCCAGUGCACGGCCGAGGAAGUGGUGCGCAUGCUGAACGAACUGUUCGCGCGCUUCGACAAGCUCGCCGCCGAGAAUCACUGCCUGCGCAUCAAGAUUCUCGGAGACUGCUACUACUGCGUCUCAGGCUUGCCGGACCCGCGACCAGACCACGCUCAGUGCUGCGUCGAGAUGGGACUCGACAUGAUCGAGGCCAUUGCACUCGUCCGCGACGUGACAGGCGUCAACGUCAACAUGCGAGUCGGCAUCCACACGGGGAGGGUCCACUGCGGUGUCCUCGGACUCAAGAAGUGGCAGUUCGACGUAUGGUCUAACGACGUCACGCUCGCAAACUACAUGGAAGCGGGCGGAAUCCCAGGGAGCGUGCACAUCACCAAGGAAACGCUGCAGUUCCUGGGCGACGACUACGAGGUGGUUCCAGGCGAGGGCGGUCAGCGACACCCGUACCUGCGCGACCACAACAUCGAGACGUACAUCAUCAUUCCAAACGACAAGAAGCGCAUGGCGCCCCCCGAGAACAACACGUCGGCGGCGCUGCACGGCGUCGCCAAGGAGAUACGCAUCAUGGGGCAUGCGAACGCCAGGCGACACGUCAACAUGAGGACCAAGGGCUACUCGGGCGGCGAGAAGAAGAAGAACUCGCAGGAGGAAGUGAACGACUACCUGUCGCACGCGAUCGACGCCCACAGCAUCGAGCAGCUCCGCGCCGAGCACUGCAAGAAACUUACGCUGACUUUCCACAAGGCCGACGUCGAGGAGAAGUACAUGAAGGAGCCGGAUCCGAUGCUGGGCGUGUACAUCGUGUGUGCGGAAGUUGUGUUGGUGUUCAUAUUUAUCAUACACAUGAUCAUACUGGACUUAUCGUGGAUCCGGGUGUUCAUCCAGAUAGGAGGAAUCGCCCUUAUAAUUAUGGUUAUAUGUAUCAUCCUGUGCCUGCAUCUAGAGCUUUUCACAGCUGUGAUUCCUUCCAAGUGUUACAAGAUUUCCGAGAAACUCACGGGAAACAGAUUGCAUAGCCAAGUUAUUUCAAUUGUAAUCUUAAUCAUUGUGUACGUCGGCUGCAUGACAUCGGCGAUUUUGCCCGAAUCCGAGGACGUCGCGUCGUGUUGGUACUACGACGACAAUUUCACGAUGGUAGCAAACGUAACGUGUAUGCAAGAGAACUACGUGAACGUGCCUGAGUACCUCAUGCUCUGUAUGGCUCUGGUGCUCCUAGCCUGCGCAGCUGUACUCGUGCUGACGACAGUCGAGAAGCUGGUGCUUCUGCUCCUCUUCAGCUUGCCUUUCUGCGCACUGAGCUUCACGUGGGACGACAGCCUGUGGAACUUCGUUCCUGGCGCCACUAAUGUGCUUUACCUGAAGACUGUGGUGGUGCUCGUGCUGUGCCUCUACAUAGCAGUCCUGGUGAUCCAUGGCUUCCAAACCGAGGCCACAUCUCGCCUUGACUUUUUGUGGAAGCUUCAAGCGAUGGAAGAGAAGGAAGACAUGGAAGACCUGCAGGCGUACAAUCGAAAGUUACUGGGAAAUAUCUUGCCCGCACAUGUCGCCGAGUACUUCCUCUCAUCUGAUCACAGGCACGAGGACCUAUAUCACGAGCAGCGUGACAGUGUUGGGAUCAUGUUUGCAUCCAUUCCAAACUUCAGUGAAUUCUAUAUGGAAUUAGAAGCCAACAAUGAAGGUGUGGAAUGCCUACGCUUGCUAAAUGAAAUCAUUGCUGACUUUGAUGAGCUGCUGUCAGAGGAACAGUUCAGGUGCAUAGAGAAAAUCAAGACGACGGGCUACACGUAUAUGGCAGCCUCAGGCCUCACCAUGACGCAAGAGGACAUAGCAAACAAUGUACAUGUAGUGGCUAUGGCAGAAUAUGCACUAAGGAUGCAGGAACAACUUCACCAUGUCAACGAGCAUUCCUUCAACCACUUCAAGAUCAGGAUAGGCCUGAAUGUGGGACCUGUUGUUGCUGGUGUUAUUGGUGCAAAGAAGCCACAUUAUGACAUCUGGGGAAAUGCUGUCAAUGUUGCAAGCAGGAUGGAUUCUACGGGUGAAGUGGAAAGAAUUCAGGUGACCCAGGAAGUUUACAGCAUACUGGAACCCCUGGGCUACCCAAUGGAAUGCCGGGGUUACAUCACUGUGAAGGGCAAAGGGGACAUGCUCACUUAUUUCCUGACGGGCAGACGGAAGCCAGUGGCCGACUCCGGCAAUAACCAGCUGUAACACACCAUUUGCACUCCAAAGACCUUGCUUGAUGCGGGGCCAGCUGCCCCGCCUACAUACGUACGUGCAUAAAUAUGAGUUGUUUUUAAUUACCAUUGUUGCAAACGCCACACACGAAAGCUCCAGGCAAGCCCACGUGCCUGAGCUUUCACCCUGUUGCAAUGAUAGACAUUACUAGAGAAACCCCAGAGUUGCUAUGUGUUCUUGUUUUAGGGUGUCACGACAUUCUGCUAAUGUUUACAUUCCACUAUGUGUAAUAUAUGCUUUUUCUCUUUAGGUGUGAGCCCACACCCAUUUGUUCCGAUGUCACGGGCUUUGUCCACUGUGCAUAAGGCAUCCUUCAUGAGUAGUUUUGUGUUGGUUAAAUUGCACCGUUUCUUCAAGAAUGUGUUAGUGCUUUGGUUUUAUUUCAGUUCUGUGGUGGUUUCUUUGUUGUUGAGAGGACCAAUGUACAGUGAUCUGUGUGUGCCAACUGUGUAAGAGAAUUUGAGGACUGUGAAGUGUGCAUGCAAGAAGAAGAGGCUUAAGAGAGUGUUAUUUGUCACUUUAGAAGUUGCAUUGGAACUUACAGCUGUUUGAAUUGUGUAUAUUAAUUUUAAGGUCUCCAGCAGGAUUGAAGAAUGUUUUUGUUUCUGCUUCUUGGCAACCUGGGUAUGUCAAUGGGGGAAUAUUAUUUCUGCGCUGCUGAACCUUGCUUUUUAAAGUGGCAGAGGCAUAGAGUUUCAUGAACAUUGUAAAGCUUUAACAUACAAAGCUCUAAGUCUCUUCAUCUCAGCAAGGAAAAACUGGGUUGUGAAAAAGCAAGCUAGUAGCUUUGCUGUAUGACUAUACACACCCUUUUAAAAAGAUGUCUUCCAAGACAUGGAACAGCACUUAACGAAAACAUUCACAUAGCCCAUGAAAAUAAGGUAGUCCAUGCAAUUGCUUUUCACAAAUGAAAGGCUGACUAGUGUUUAUAACAACAAUAACAAAAAUGUUUCAGUCUUGCACAGCUUAUUAUGUUUGUGUACUGCCAGGAUGGCAUAAGUUGUAGAUGGUUAUACAAGCCAUAAAGCACAUGCUUCAGUGAUUUUACGAUGAGCCUUGUUAAAAAUCGGUGUGAUCUAUAUUCCAUGGAAAGUCAUUGACAUAACAUAGUUGAUUGCGUUGUCAUUAGUAACGCAUUGCAUGUUGAAAGUUUGUUGUAAUGAUGUUUAGCGGCCAGCUGAACUUACUUUAUGAUGACCACUAUCUGUCGGCAUGGCCAAUAUUGUCUGCUGGGGGAGGUUGUGGAGUAUAGUUAUUACUGAGUAAGCAAAUGGCAAUGCAAAAGCACUCCAGGCAUUGUCAAAUGGUUAUGAAAAGAAAUCAAGAAUGGGUGCACAUGUUACAUUUCGUUAUUUUGUACUUUUACCUUCUGCAGUGUGAUAACUACUUUAUCUAAUGUAGCUGCAAUGGUGAUCCAUUUCCACCAUAGUUGUGCAUGCAAAAGUAGUCAUGUAACAGGUUUUCUGUAUCGGUGCUUGCACGGCCGUGGCGGUGUUCGCCAUGGCAGCAUUCACCUUUCAAAGCCAGGAUCUUGCUUGGUAACAUCUGGUAUAAUCCACGUUGGAAACUCCUUUUUCACUGUACAAUCGACUUCUGUUAAUUCGACCUUGACGGGACCAACGAAAUCGGUUGUUAUCUGCAGGUCAAAUAAACAAGAUGCGGAAAAAGCUCCUAAAUACACUGCUGAUUUAUUUGACAGUAUUUUCUGGAUUUUAACACACCCCCUAAUCAAACGCAUGCCCAGUUGUUAUGUGUCCCAAGUAUUAAACUAACGUAGAAAUGACAUUGAAGCUCCUAAAAAAAGGUAAAAGUCUAAUUCGCACCAUAUUUUUUAGCAAGAAAAAUAGUCUAAAUAUGUGUCGCCCAACGGUGGCCCGGUUUCUGAAGUCUUCUUCGCUGCAAUGCAUUGGGUUAUGCUGUAAUGCGCUCAAGCACGUGAUCGCUGCGAAGAUCGUUUUGGUAUUGUCUGACUGCAUUGCACAGAGAACUUUCAUUUUUUAAAAAGAAAUGAGAGUGUUAGAUUUAGGGAAAUACUGUAACCAGGCAUUGUGAGCCACCGUUAUAGCUUGAAAAUCUUCUUAGGGGAGGCCGAAAAUCUGUUUUCGACGAGAUAGUAUGUGCGUUCAACCCAUUCAUUGCUCCUAAUCUCCGCCGAGACAGACGCUGCCGCUAAAGGGGUUGUUAUUGGAGUCACCGUAGGCAUCAGACGUGUGCUUGUCGACUGGUCAAGUUCGAAUUAUCUAGUGAAGGCCAACUUAUGAUUGAAUUAACAAAAGUUUGGGCUUAUAGAAAUGCAUUGGCGCUGGCUGGCACCUCCAACCGGGAUCGAAUUAAUGGAAGUCUACUGUAUUUGUGCAUCACAAGCCUAAUGCUUUUUUUUGCCCACGCAUGCCACUACAGCUCCUUAGUAGACAGAUUCGCUUCACCACUCAUGAUGCUGCUGACAAAGUCCUGGCACUGGUACUUGGCACUUGCUACACUUGCACCAGCUAGCACUUAGUAUAAGAUUAUCAAUUCGCAUGAUGCAACUCAAGCUUUUUGCUUCCCUAUGGAGCAGUGCUGAGCUCGCCAGAGGGUUUCUGGCCCUCAUGUCAAAAGUUAUUUGAAUCUGGCUUUCUCAAAGGCUUCGAAGGUUUGGACUCGCAGCUUCUUUCCAUUGCCUUUGACACAAUGCGCAACAAAAUCUGUGACUUCUCUCUCGGCUGGUAUUCUAUGCGAGCUAAGAUUGGUACAGAAAUGCACAGCCCAUUUCUUCUUUGCCCGAUACAAGUACUAGUAAUAAUCCUAGCUUCUGAUUGGUUUAGAUGUUACCGCUCUUUCACUCGGCUUCGGCUUGCUGUCAUCUAUUUUUCGGCAGUAAACUGGCCAGCAACAGCGGAAGAGGCAGGGAGCAGGCCAGUGCACAUGACACUCUAACAAGGUGUAGAUCAUUUUGUGUGUGCAGAGUGAGCAAAGGUGGUGUUGCCGAAAGCAGCUUGUAGAGUACAGGAACAGCCACGUAGGAAGAAAGAGUCCCAGAUUCAGCACUGACCCCUUCAGUAUUGUGGGCUCUUUCAGAAACUUGCAAGAACUACCUUUGCUCUGAAUACUCUUGACACCCAAUGGCACAGCAAGGACGGCACCAUAUCGACGGGCUUUUACUCGCGCAAUAAAAACGGCUCAAACCGGAGAGCACCUGCAGAAGCUAUCGGUUUGAUCACGGCGAUGUGAAAGCAGAAACGAAACCACAUGUAUAAUGCGCAGAAUGCACUUCAUUUCAUCACGCAUCGGUUUUGCCAGAUUGCUGUGUGCUUAAAUUUAAUUAUAAAAAAGUUCAUAUACAGUCAUUCUACUGCACAGAAGGCACUCAAGUUUUCAGCUUGCUGUGGGAUGUGUAGGAUUCGACAUGCGCUGCAUAAUUCAAGCUUGAACAUUUGAUGGCACGGCCCCUUUAGAGAGGAUGAGCUGGGCCUUCUUUGUCCUCCGUGAACAAUCAGUCUUUUCCUGCCUGAAAUUUAUUAAUAAUCAAGUGUUUCAUGCUGUGGUUGACCAAAUGUCGUUGACAAUGUGACAUCCUAUCAGCAGCAGUACUGAAUUUAGUUGUAAGCAUGUGCUUGCAAAACUAGAGCUUUUGAAUGUUCUGCCCUGUAAGUACGCAGGCUUUUUGGGAGCUAGAUGCCCUCUACAGACCAGGGGGUUGCUUCUAAUACCUACUGCUGGCCAAGCAUACUUGUCAGUUUGAUUGCUAUUGAAUGUUGGCAGGGUAGCGCAAAAUGUGAUGUGGGGGUAGCUAUGGUGCUCGUACUCAUAAAACUUCCGGCUUGAAGAGCCUGAUAAUAAUGCCUGAACUUUUCUGGGCCUGUUUUACCAUCAACAACGAGCCAUGGAUUAAAAAUUUGUAGAUCAAUGCAGCUUCCUAAUUAGGUUUAGGAGCAAAGUGACACUCGAAGAGCAAAGAAAACAUUGCAUUAUCUCAGUGGAGCUCAUGAUUGGGUUACAAAUAGCUGGGCUAGACAGAACAGUUGGAGCCAUCAGCAGCUUCUGUGUUGUUCAAGAGCUUUCAUAAAUUUGCUUCCUGCAUUUUUUUCAAUGAGUGUAGGCAUAAGAAGAAUUCGUUGUUUGACUAACUGGUUGAACGUUAUUGUUCAACAUAAUUUAAUGCAGUCUAAGUAUAAGAGGAAUUUACUUUCAUUGUUUAUUAUAAUUUUUCAUACGUAAUGUCCCAAAGCGGCACUGCAGAACACAAGAAACGCCACAGUAGAGAGCUCUGGAUUAAUUUUGACCACCUUGAUUCCUCAUUAUGUGUAUAAAUCUAAAGAGGCAACCACAUGUACAUGAUAUUCAAACGAUGUGACAGGCACACACUGUCACGCUGUUGCAAUGCAGAGCAAACACAUGGAUGCAACCUCACAAAAAAAGUAACAACAAAUUUCCAUUGUUGUCCAAAUAAAUACUAUCAUGUGCUCAUAAAGAAAUCUCAAACAUACCACGAGAACAAUGUUUUAAUCCCAGUGCAUUAGAUCUAGCUUUAAUAUGCUGUCAUCACCUGUGUAAAUCCAUUCCAUGCCACUAGCACGAAUUGCUGCGGUGCCAUCUGGUGAGCGAAAUUUAAAGCACUUGCACAGCUCUCGGUAGCAUCUCAAGCCUAAAACAUCAGAGCAAACAACCACUUUCAAUAAUAACGACAAGACAGCGCCAAUACUUUGUCCUCAGCGUGAAAUGAGACAAAGCGAUUGCUGAUUUUACUGUUUAUUUUUUGCUGUCACAUCAAAGAGCAAGUUGCAAGAGCAAAUUCAUAUCGAAGUGGGCGGACUGUUUGCAUCCAUAGUUGUUGCACAAUCAUGCCGCCCUCAAUGGAAGUCUCCGUAUGGACUUCUGGACAACGAGCAAAAUUUUCUGACUGACCAAUAACUGGCGACGCUACAAGUGACAGCGACGGAUAGCCCUCCACAAAGGCAAAAUCUGCCGCUCAAAAAUUGCAUGCAUGCGCUUGCACCUUAACUAUACAAGCAUUCUUUAAUUCCACUGCCAUCAGAAGGGAACUGCUAUGGCUGAAAUUCGAUGCCGUAGUCUCUUGCACACAGCAAAAUGCCUUGUCCAUUGCAUUGGCUUUAUUGCUAUGGCAUUGUGCUGCAAAGCAUGAGGUCGCGGGCUGGAAUAUUGAUUGCGGCGGCUGUAUUUUGGGGGGCAAAAACACUUGUGUACUUGAUCUGAGUGUGCGUCAACAAACCUAAGAUGUUCAUAAUUAGUCCGAAGUCCCCACUAUGGUAUGCUUCAUAAUCAUAUAAUAGUUUUGGCACAUAAGACUUCGGAACUUAUGAAAUAUUUAUUAGAAGAAUGUCACAACAUUUGAGCUACUGUGGUAAAUACCGUUUGGAGGCAAAGUGAGAACAGAAACUGCAGCUAACCAUGCCCUCACACGGGGACCAAAAAUGAACAAGCUACUCAAAAAGGAGUGCUUAUAGAUGUCAUUAUAUUGAAUUGUGUUCAACAACUGUGUGUUUGGGCAGGAGGAGGAAUAAACUUUAUUGUAGAAAUGAGCCGACAGUAAAAUCGUCCGAGGUGGGCGGCGUCCCUAGUCCUGGAUGCCGUGGGCCUGAGCCAAUAGCUUGGAGUGGAAGAUAAUUCUUGAUGCAGACUUUUUUAGACGUUGGGUUCUCGUGCUGCAUUAUGUGUGCGCAUUUUCAAGGCCAAAUGGCUGUUUCUGCAGCCUCUAUUCAUGGCAGAUUCCAUUUUUGUGUUCUUGUAUUUGAAAUUUGUGAAAAUAAUUUUGCUAUAUGUCCACCCUGCUUUUGUUUUCUUGACAUUGCAAUGGUUAGAAAAGGCAGCAAAAUGUAGCAGUUUUUCCCAUACUGCAUCAUUGAAUGUUUUCAUUCAAUAUAUAUUACAGCGCUUUUGUUGGUGAAAUGUUUAAGCAGUUUUCUGCGGUGACUGGGCUGUUGGUGCAUCACUUCAAACUUACUUUUCAGCAGCGUUAUAGUGCGGACGUCACACAGUAUAAUAUGGUGAAGUCAAACCCCUUUUCUUUUUUGUCCAUCUCUGUGUGAAUAUGUUUUUCGUUGUCCACUAAGAAGGGGUUGAUGUAAAGGGCAUCUUCCUGAACCAAUGAAUUUGGAACAGAGCUUCGCAGAGUAGAUGAGUGACCUUUGACAUAUGUUUCUGCUCAUUCAAGAACCUAAAAGUGAAACCUCUUUUGUUCUGAUGCUUUGGUAAUAAAAAGCAAAAACAAAUGGCCUUGUAGGAGACAUAAUGUACUCCCUACAUUAUAACAUGUGGUGGCAAACUAUUUAAUUUAGCUCUUGAUACGCACUGAAGCACGAAUAUGUCCAUGAGUUGCUUGUUUGCAAAGCCAACUCAGCCUUGUAACUUCUGCACCAAGGAAAUGGCGGUGCAGCCAUAAAUGAAAUCAAUUGUCUGCUUUCAUGCUAUUACUGCUACCAUAUAGUGAAUAGUGCUUACAAACAAAGAAUAAAUGAUUUGCUUGCUCAGUAGCUUUGCCAACGGAUGCAUUCAUAUGGACAGCCCUGCCAGCAUAUUAUCAUUGCUGUGGUGCCAGCACAAUAUAUUCUGUGUGUUCUUUAGAGUAAGAAUAAAUUAGCAAUGUUGGUUGCCUACUCAGUGUUGUUGAGCAUAGAUGCUUAUUCUUUUAUUAUUAUUUAGACACCCUCUAGCCUGUACCUUCCGGUACAGUAAACUUUCGAUAAUAGAAUUUCCAGUAAUUCAAAAUUUCAAUAGAAUAAAAUGCAUUGCUAAAUCUUCGUUGACCCACUAUGUUUUCACUGCAUUUUGAUGUUGCCGUUUUAAAACAAGCAAUCUGCUAAUAUUUUGGUUAGUAAUUCAACCUCUUUGGCUUCCUAAGGUAGAGGAAUGCAUCAGCAAAAUAAUGACUCGUUAGAGGACAUUCAUUAUAUGAACAGUCUAAAGAUGUCCACAUUUUACAUGGAGGUACCAUGGGUCUUGUUUGGUGUCACUAGGAGAAUGUACCACCCACUUGGUCGCCAUAAAUUGACCCGAUCGUAGUCCAUGUGCCUGCUGCAACUGAGUGUCUAUGCCUACAGCUCUACUAAACCGUAUUUAUGUUUUGGGGCAUAAUGUAUACUUGUCAUAAUAUAAACGAAAAUUUAUAACUUCUAACAUCUAUAUUUAACAUGUCGGCCCUUACGUCGGUAUUUUGUUAAGUCAUGCAAAUGAUGUCAAAGGUCACUUUCAACCUCUGUGCGCAUCUCUGCCACAAGGUUCAAAGUCCAAAAACUUGUUCAGAAGGGGACUACUUCAACGGCAUUUGUUAAAAACUGUUUGCCAGAAGGAUUACCUUUAUGCUUUCGAAGACGGUUUGACAUGAUGGUGUAUGUUCAGAAGUGUGUGUGUUAUGGGAUAUGCGUGUUGAAUGUAAAAAUCGGGUAUUUUUAUUUCUUAUUUACCAGUAGUUACUGUUGGAGUUCUAUCAGCUGUUGAGCUUGAAAGUAGUAGUGUUAAUAAGUAUUUUUAAGCCCCUUUAUGUGGUGUUGCAAACCUGGGGCUUGAAUGGCCCUCCACAAGGAGCAUUUUUUAAUAGCUAAUGCAACUGUAGUGUAGAGAGAAUCAGACUAUCAAGGAGUGAUGAUGAAAAGGCUUGCUUAUGUACUAUACUGUGUACUAUACUGUAGAUCAGCAGUGCUCUUGAAGUGUCUAUCAUUGUGUAAAACAUCACUUGCAGACUGCAAUCAUUAUGCCAACAUCACUAGACACCUCAUCACCCUCAACACUUGGCAAUCAGUGUAAAUUACCUCAUUCAUUUUUGUGCUGUUGUGCCCUGUGUGUCUUAUUGUUCCUCUACUGCACACUCUGCCCUGCGUAUACUAAAGCAUUCGCAGUGAGUCAUUAGCAGUGGUUGUUUGUUGGGGCUGGAAUGGACCAUUUGAAGAUGUGUUCUGUGUACAGCCUAUUUCUUGUUUCCUGCAUAGUCGGCACCCUUGCAUGUAUUUUCGAAACAUAAUCUGUAAGUCCUCUUGUUUUUGUGCAACCAUAUAUUUUCACUGUGUCCCUUUAUUCUAGUCAGCAUCCAUCGCCUGCUUUGUCUGAACUUGAAAUUACACUAUAGAUCUGCCCUGUCAUUCUAGUCGUAGUGAGAAUGCCGCUGGUGGGCAGGUUUUACGGGCCUGACUCUGUCUGCUUUGUUUAAGUGAUUGGGUCUUUGUUUGCAUAGUACAGUUACUGAUUUGGUAUCUCUAUUUUCUUGGCUGUGAUUUGGCUUCAACUCUUUCAAAUGCAGUGCGUGCUGCUCUAUUUCAUCUAUAUGCUCUGGAUCUUAUUGAUUUACAGCACCAAGUACAAAUCCUUUGCUGCCUGCACAAAUUCUUUACAUUUAUUUUACUACAUCCCUUGUAUUGCAUGUAACAAGGACCAAGCUUUGAAUGCUGAAGGAUUCAUUUCAUGUUUAUAAAAGGAUAAGGCACUCUGUAGCGUUGCUGUAAUGCAACUACAAGUAUGCUCAAGAACAAGUUGGAAGUAUGAACUAAACUUCUGAGGAUAUUUGAGGGCAUUCGCAGUGAUAAAGGUGUAGUGUGUCACAAAAUGAAUCUCGAUGCUGGUGAUUCCAAAGGUGCCGAGUGGCUUUUCAUGUAGAUAAAAAAAAUUUGCUUAGUUUGUUGUGUGACACUGAAGUGUGUUGACCGCAAGCACCUGUACAUGCCAUGUUAAGUUAAUGGCAUGCCCUGUCACAUACAUAAUGUUCAAACGAAGCAUUUAUGCUCUGUGGUAAUGAAAUGUUACCUGCACAAUAUGCAAGUUAGAAUAAGAAAUUUGGGGAGAUCUGCAAAUCUUUCAGCAGCUACAAAUGACACGCAGCGAACAGCUCUUAUGCUGCAGACUCUUGUAAUCGCACAUUAUUAUAUCAACACCGAAAAAUUCUGGGCCAACAAACCGGUUGUAAGCCAGGGCUGCACUCGUGAGAUGCUACGAAUGAAUCUAGGGCAUUGGUAGCGUCCAGUCACAGUGUGUAGAAGGGCGAGGUCUUAUGGCUGUGCUGAGGAAGGAUUGCGAAAAUAGGUCAGCUGGUGGGGGAGGUUCCUCGGUAGUGAUGAGGGAAUUUCUCGUGAAGCCAGACAAAACAGCUUGUCAGCACUCUUGACAUUAUUAGCUAUACUUGUGAUGGGCUUUCUGGAAUUUCUUGUAUUGACUACCUUUUCUGUUGUCAUAUUGUCUAAUUGAAUCAGUCUCUGCACGCCUGAAAUGGAUAUAUGUUUUGCUUACACAAACGGCUUCACUGAAUGACCAAAGAAGAGUUAUACCGAUAGUUCGAUUGAGUUAUUAACAAAACAUUGCAAGUUGGCAUUCCCUUAACAUGAAGUGAUCCACAUUGAAAGCUUGGUCACAGUUUGGCACCAGUUGUGCAAGGCUGGUGUAUAUUUUUGCCUUAAGACUGCCAUUGGAACAUCAUUCUUGAGUAAAUAUUCUCUAUUGUUAGGCUUGUUACUCAUCUCACUAAUAAAUUAGCAGCCUUUUCUUUAACAUGCAGUUUCUUUGCUUUCAGUGUCCAAUCUUAAUUAUUUCAUGUUUAAAUACCUCCAAAUUAUGACACCAUUUGUUUAAGCAUUUAGUAGUGGAGUUGUUAUAGGUGGAAUGUGGUUACGGUAUAAGCGCUGCUUAAGUAUAUAUUAGAAAAUGCAUAGGGCAGCUCAUUUCAAGGACAUGUCAGUAGCCUUGGCUGCUGACAUGUCACUUUUGUAUGUUCAGUAUGAGUCAUUAGUCAUGUUUAGUUAUGGCAUCUCAUUCCUGUGCCAAACAGUUUCUGAAGAGCUAAAUUAUAUUCAGUUACUCAUACUUCACGUGCACGUCCUUAUGAAUGAUGUUUGACUAAUGUGUGUCAUCUCUUUUACUUACUGUUGUUCACUGUACAGAGUGUCAAUGCUUGAGAAUCUAAAUGUUGCUUGUUGUUUUCUUUGUAACAUAUUUUAUUGUGCACCAUGUCAGGUUACAAGAUUAAAACACCAUUUGUACAUAGCCUGUUUGAAAGAAACUUUGUUUCUUCCAAGCAAUGUCUUUUCACCUUUUCUUCCUGUGCUCUAACAACAUGGCCAUUUCUUUAGGCCUGUGCAGUUGUUCAGAGGUGCAUCUGUUACUUUUUGAGACGUAUAUAAACAAUGUUAAAUGUGA